AUGCCUCGAUUUGCGGUGCCAGCAGCGCCAAAAUGCGCUAGAUGCAACGCCUCGGUCUUCUUGGCCGAACAAGUGAUCGGUCCAGCCUCAAAACCUUACCACAGGACCUGUCUCACCUGUGUCGUGUGCAACAAACGUCUUGACUCAACCUUGCUUGUCGAGCACGAUGGAGAGCCGUACUGCAAGAACUGUCACAAGGAACACCUCGGCACAGGCAAAGGAGGCUUCGCCAAAGCUGUCUCGCUGAAUCCAACGUCGCCCAAGUCGCCACGUUCCCCAGCGUCGAAUCUGUCCCGUCCUGCUAGAAGCCCGCUUAGCACUCCUUCAAACGCGGGCGCAGCUUUCGCACAGCAACAGUUCAGCACGCCCGAUACGACGCUCAGCAGAGGCUUUUCGGAUUCGCCCAGACGCUCGCCUAGUCCGACCAAAAUCACGCCAGGGGCGUCGCUGGUGACAAGUGAGGAUCAAGUUCCUCGUAUCACCAUCCGUUCUCGCCCAGCAGUUGCAACCAGUCCUCUUGCAUCUCCGCCUUCACCAACCAAAGCUUCUUCGUCUCUGGAACGUGCGCGUACAAGCAGCUCAUCAGCUCCGAUCCGGUCUAUCGACGAAGCGAUUGCUGCGCCUGGUAUCGACAUGGAGGAUCCUGUAGCACGCAUUCAAGCUGCAGUCGGUGGCAUGAGCCUUGGCAGCACGUCUAGGACAUGGUCUGCGCGACCAAACCAUGGUAGCAACGAGGUGGAUAGCGAUACAUUCGAUCCUUCACCCAGCGUCUCGACCACCGCACAUGUGGUACCCUCGGUCGAUUACUACGACACACCCUCCCCUCCACCUGUGGCUGCUCCCAGCCGUGCAACGCGGUCGUACAAAUCGCAGUACACCGAAGAACCCUCGUUUGCAGAAGACGGUACACCGAUCACGAUCCAAACGCGUCGCAUCGCCGCCACGGACACGAUCGGAUCCAUCCAUUUCUCGGGCACGUCCAACUCCACCACUUCGCCCACGCCUGCUACCAAGGUGAAUACCCAAUCGCCGCUCUCGGCGAUCGGCUCGUUGCCUCCGCCACGUCGACCUGAUCCGAAAACGCUCACAGGUGCCUCUGGAACAGCCAAGAUUGCGCCACCGCGAACGAUCAUCACCAAGCCACCAGCGACGAGUGGGUCAGACGAAUCGCUGGGUGCACGUCGCAAGAGCGGGAUCGAUCGCAUCGGUCUCAGCUCGAGCAUCGUCGAUGCGUCGGGUGGAACACCGUUGUGCGCACGCUGUGCGAGACCAGUCUAUUUCGCAGAGCAGAAAGCUGCUGCGGGGAGAAAGUGGCAUAGAGGCUGUUUGAGAUGCGAUGGCUGCAAUACCACGUUGGAAAGUGGCAAGCUCGAGGAAGGCCCAGCAGAGAGGAAUUCUGCUGCUCCACAGGGUGGUGCUAACGUCUGGUGUAGGAUCUGCUAUGCAAAGUACUUUGGCCCCAAGAAUCUCGGCGUGGGCCUGUCGCUCCCCGAGACUAUGCGUUGA